AUGCACGCCGAAACUCUCGCACCCCACCGACUUGUAUCCUCGAAGUCUAUAACCCUUGAAGAUGCCUCUUCCAUACUCGAAAAAUACCUCACAAACUCCGAAGUGCAUUCGCACCUACAUCCUGAUGCGCUCAUCACACCCAGCGGCACCACCUUCAGCGCGCAAGGUGGACCCGCCGGUGGUGUGGUAAUGCACAACCUGCGCAGGGUCGCCGCGGGGCUCAAGGGCAACUACCUGGAGCCCGAGCCUACGCCCGAGCCCGAGGGCGAAGACCAGAAUGCGCUUGUCGGUGCCAAUGAAUCUCAGGACGAUUCGAUAAACAAGAAGGUCGCUGGUGCCGUGGACGUGGACUGGCAGGAGAUGUCUGAGUUCGAGAGGGAAGAGGGCGUGGUAGAAGUAGGCGAACUUGACGAUCGAUCGAACUUUGUUGCGCAAGAGGAGAUCGAGGCUGGUCAUCUAUCGGGCGAAGGAAAGAAGCGGAAAAAGGAGGAAGAGGGCGGCAAGCUCGACAAGGCGGCGAGGAAGAAGGCCAAGAAGGCGAAAGACAAGGAGUUCAGAGCCCAGAAAGAGAAGGCGAGGGCGGAGCAGUCAGCAUGA